UUCUACAAACAACAAGAGUAGCAAUCCCGGCCUUGGAGAGGAUCCUGUAUGCCACAGAGCUGAGCAGUCUAGGAUUAAAAAAAGAGACAAACAGACACAUAGAUUGAGAGAGGAGGGUCCCUUUAUCUGGGAAGAGAGACAGAGCAGAGGACAGAAGGAAAAAUUUAAAAGAAGAGUGAGUGGACGAAAGAGUUGGAGGGGAGACACUGUGUGCUCUCUGUUCUCCUCUGUAUCUCUGGAGGGAACUAUGGCGGAUAACGGCACCCAUCCUAUUGUGGAGAUACUGGAGUCCUUUGGAUUAAGGGAUGUGAUCCUGGCCUUCAGUCUUUCUAUGGUUGUUGGUUUGCUGUUGGGUGCUAUGGUCUAUAUGACUUUGACCUGGAUGUCCCGCCGUCGGGCCUCAGCCACUAUCACCCGCCUGCCCGUCCACCAGUCCCGUUCCACCACCCGGUCUUCCUCACCCCGCUCUUGGCCUGGCUUCAGUCGAUAUAGCAGUGGUUAUGACUGCCGCAGCAACAACAGUCUGGCUAGCGCUGCCUUCACCUUCCAUCGGCAAACCUCUUCCUCACCAACAGAUUAUGGUGACUCACCAGGCCGCAAAUCUAGCUUCCGGGCCUCUACCUUUCAUCCUCUUCUCCAGUGUAGCCAGAUUGCUCGUGAGGCAGAGGAGGGUGCCCAGGGCAGCCUGCCACGGACACCCACUCUCACUACAAGCCCUGGGGCAGCUGGUUCCAACAGCACCGUCAGUUCCAUGGUUACUCCACCCAGGGCCAGAACCAGACCGGAUUCCUUCUGGGGCAACAACAAUCUAAGGGGCUUCCAUGCUGGCCAAACCCCACCACCUGCCUAUGAGAGCAUCAUACGAGCCUAUCAGGAGACAACCACAUGAACACUAAAGUGUUGGGAGAAAAUAAAUAUAUACAUAUACUUGGACUACAAAAUUGGACAACUGAAAUGUUCUCAGUUGAGAUAUGGAUGUCCUAAACUCUAAUCAAACAUUGACAGUUUUCCAAAACUUUUAUUAUGUGUUCUUACAUUUGUUUUUAUGUGUGUUGAUGUGUGUAUGUGCAUAUUUCUGGUUGUGCAUAAGUGUGCAAUUUUAACCUGAAGCUCAUAUUUCAGAGUGUAUGAGACAGAGAAAGGCAAAAGAGAUAAAGUGAGGGAGAAAGAAAGGCAGAGAUAUUAAGGAUCAGGGUGAUAAAUGUUAGGAUAAACCAUGUGAGACCAUUGUACAGAUGUUAAAGCACAAAAUGUCUUUUCAUGCAAAUUCCUAAAUGUAUAGUUAUUGCAAACAAUAAUUUAAAAUGAAAAUUAAAAAAAUGCACCGAACACAUUAGAUUGUGUGUUUAUUGGUUUGUGUUCUGGAACUCUAGUCUUUUAGAACCAUUAUACUGUAAGCAUUUUUCAGCGCAGUUGUCCUCAUUGGAAUAAACUGACAAAAAAAGCA